AUGAUAAAUAACAAUAACAAUAAUCAUAAUCAUAAUAAUAAUAAUUAAAAUUAAGAGAAGAAUAUUAACAUUACAAAUUAUUAAACAAAUUAAUAGGAAAUCUACAAUAUUAAUUUAUUAUAAUCAUAAGAAAAAUAAACUUCUAUUUAAUUUUUGCAAAAGGAACAAAACCAUUUUUAAACAAAUAGCUCCUUAUUUGAUAAUUAAGGAUAAUCAUUUUCUUAAAAUUGCGUUACAAUCGAAAAAGGCUAAGAUAAAAUAUUGAUUAAUUAGUAGGAUAAGUGCCUUUAGACUAAAAUGAAUUCUUUGAACCAAAAUAAUUUUCAAAUUUUAGGAUUGGUUGAAUCAUCUUGCAGUGAUCAAAUAGACACAGGAAAAGAGAUCGGUAGUGACACUCUUGUCCCAGCAUAGAAUCAAUACGAAGAAGAUGACACCUAAAUUUGCGAUCUUCUACUUAAAGCAUAGGAAUACAAAGAAAACUAAGAAUUAGAGCAGGCUGAAAAAAUAUAUUUUGAUGUUUUAUAACUCUAAAAAUAAAAAUAUGGAUUUACAUCUUAUUAAGUUGCUUCUACCUACAAGAAACUUGCUUCUAUGUUCCAAAAAGCAAAAGAUUACGAUGCCUCUUUAAAAUAUUAUAAUGAAGCAUUGAAUAUUUGUAAGAACUAAGGAGGAUAAAGCCAUAGCUCUAGAGAAGCAACUUGCUUGAUUUCUAUGUCUAACAUUUUUCUUCUUAAAGAGAAUGUUGAAGAAGCUCAGUAAUUUGUAACAAGAGCAUUACACAUAUACAACACUCAAGUCCUUGAGGAUGAAUAAAUGAAACCAUUGUUAAUCUCUUAAGCCUUGCGUUUGAAAAGAAAAAUUGAUAUGCAUGAAAAGCAAAAAUAAUAUGAAGAGAGAUAAAUUGCGCUGAGUCAAGAACAGACCAUUUGCAGUAUUUGCUUGGAGGAUAUUUAAAAAAAUAAAAGAGUAAGACAACUUAACUGUGGUCAUAUAUUUCACAUUAAAUGCAUAGCUUAAUGGCUUUCACUUAAUUGUAAAUGUCCCUAUUGCAGAGACAUUCUCCCUAAACCCCAUUGA